GCACGAAUGUAUACGUGUAUAUAUAAGUAGGUGUAAUUUCACUUUUCAUUCCUUGAUCGCUCGUGUUACCGAGUAAUAAAUUUUCCCGCGUUGGAUUUGGUUCAGGAAGAUAAAUAGAAAAAGAGAGAGUGAGAGAGAGAAAGAGAGGAAGAGAGAGAGAGAGAGAGAGAGAGAGAGAGAGAGAGAGAGAGAGAGAUAGGUAAUCAGUGAAAUAAGUAAUCGGCGUGAGAAGAAGGAAUUUUCUUUGGAAACACGUUCAUUCUAUUUCUUCAAGAAGAUAAGAUACAGUUGGAUUAUAAGGAAGAAGUACUACGUGUGUCUGGCUCAUCCUAUUUCGAGAAGGGGAAGAAAGGGAAAAGGGUGUCACACUUCGCGAUUUUACCUGACGACCAUAAGAGAACUUUACUACGACGAAGCUUCAAGGGUAACCCACGAAGGAAAAAAAAACAAACAAACAAACAAAAUAGAAAAAUUAAAAGAAAGAAAAAAAAAGAGAAAAAAAAAAAGAAAAAAAGAAAAAAGAAAGGGAAAGAUAGUGCGCGUGUUAUUGUGUCGGUGCUGCGCUCGAUAUGGCCAAUAGCAAUUGAAUAUCUUCGCACCAUUCUCCGGAUACGUAUAUUCAAUACCGGGAAAAUGAUCCGAGAUUACCUGAUGCUGCUUUCCUGGUUUUGCGCUGUACAAGGAAAGAUAGGAUAUUUCUGGCACAUCACCGACAUUCACUAUGAUCCAAAGUACGGCACCCAGGGAAAUGCUGGGAGUGUCUGCUGGAAUACGAGAAACAACAUUGAAGGGGUUCCGAACAGACUCGACAGAAAGCUGGCUGGACAGUUUGGUGACUAUAGCUGUGAUACGCCAUGGGCAUUGAUCGAAUCAGCAGCACAGGCAAUGGAAUCAAAACACGACGAAGGAAUCGAAUUCGUCCUGUGGACGGGUGACGCGCUGACGCGCACAGCCAUGAGCGGCGAGCUUCGACUGCAGUAUUUGCAGAAUUUGACUGAUCUGUUGUCCCGCACGUUCAAGGCACAAUUUGUGUUUCCUGCAUUGGGACACGAAGACAUAGGAGUGAGCUUCGAACAGCUCUCAUUACUCUGGCAACAAUGGCUGCCUCAAGAAGCUAUGGAUACUUAUUUGAGAGCUGGCUAUUACACGAUCGAACAGAGUUCCGCGAAAUAUCUGAUCGUCUUCCUCAACACGAAUCUUUGGAUGAAUCUAUCGGAAAAUCGUAUGGCGCAUCGAACCAGCGGUAUCACCGUCGAUAAUUCACAGGAUCCAUUUGGUCAAUGGCUAUGGUUCGAAUCCGUUUUGAAAAAGGCACGAAAAGAGGAUAAAGCGGUGUUCAUCGUCGGUCACACACCACCAGGAGUUGAUGAUCGUGAGAGCGGUACCGCAACCCUGAACGAGAGGCACAACGCCAAGUACCUUCAGGUGGUACGUCAAAAUGCGGACAUCAUACGCGGACAGUUCUUCGGGCACUGGCACUCUGACACGUUUCGUGUCAUCUACAGUGACACUGGAAAUCCAGUCUCCUGGAUAAUGAUAGCGCCUAGUAUAUCACCGAGUACACCAGGAGGGGGACCGAACAAUCCCGGAUUUAGGCUGUACAAAUUUGAAACUGAUACAGGACAAGUUUUGGAUUAUUAUCAGUAUUAUCUUAAUCUAGCGGAGGCAAAUAAGCAAGGCUCGGCAGAUUGGAAGAUGGAGUAUUCGCUCUUAGAAUAUUACGAAAUGAAUGAGAUAACAGCGAUCAGCCUGCAUGAUCUCGCCGAUCGAUUUACGCAAUCCAGCGACUACGCUUUCGUAAGAUAUUACGCAGCUAAUACGGUAUCACUGCCACGGGAAGUGGAGAAGAUUUGGGGUUGCGGUGGUCCUUUGAAUGGGGUCUGUGCUUUGCAUCAUUAUUGCACGGUCACCCGACUCAGCGUGCAAUUGUUCAAGGAAUGUUGCGCCUCUUAUGCAUAUCCAUUGGCAUCAAGAGCAAGAUCGCAGACGUCGUAUCGCAGCCUGUCUAUCGUCCAUAUCAUGCUAAUCAUCCUUUUGCACUUCGUAAAUCUAUUGCAAAACCGGUAGGAUGCGGAAACGAAAAGCUCUCAAAGAGCGGCUACGAUCGAAGCUGUCACCUCGAACCGCCGCUUUACACGAACAUUUACUAAGACACUUAAACCAUACACACGCAGAGAUACAAAUACAGCUACGUUUCUUCUUUAGUCAUCGUGUCGUCCCGAGAAUCAGGGUCGAAGCGCCCGCACUCUCUUCGUCGAGAUAAGUAAAUCCUCGUUCUAGGAUAGCCGACUAUAAUGGCGACUAUAUACGUAUCUCGACGUAAAGAACGUCGCAAGCGCGAUCUCCUUUGUCUCCUUCCUUCCUUCCUUCCUUCCUUCCUUCUCUCUCUCUCUCUCUCUCUCUCUCUCUCUCUCUCUCUCUAUCUAUCUCUCUCUCUUUAUCUUUCUCUAUCUUUCUCUCUUUCUUAUCCUCAUACUCCUUUUUUCCCCCCCAACCACCCCUCGAACGACAUCUUUAUUCUUUUUUCGUAGAUCCUACAUGUGGGUUACUCCUUACGAUAGUCACAUCGUAUUCGAUGUUUUUAAGGAUAAAUGCGAAUAUCGUCGACUGGAAUGAUUGGAAUCGUUGAAAUUUUCCUACUCCCUUCUCCCUUCUCAUUCAACCUAUUCCUAUUUCUCCUUCUAUUCCUCUUUCUCAUUCUCCUCUAACAUCGAAUCCUGUUCGUGCCAUCGGCAAAACGAGAUUUCCAAUUCCAUUUUCGCUCCCCGCAACAUUAUCUAAGCUAUCACGAUGUCGGACUAGAAAUUUUCUCCCGUCGACGUGACGGCUGCUUUUCUAGAAUUUUUUGCUCGAAAAAUCCCUUAUUCUCUUCUUCUUUAUUUUUUCUUUUUUUUUUUCUUUUUUCUUUUUUCGUUCUUCCUCCUCCUCCUCCUUCUUCUUUUUCUAUUUCUUUUCCUUCCUCUUUUUCCUUAUCCUUUCUUUCGCGUUACGUUUUAUAUAUAAACCAACAUCAUCCAACGUUCCUCGGAUGGUUAGGACGUUGAUCGAAUGGAACGUUUUUCGAAACGCGAAUGACGGAUGGUUCUAUUGGAUCUGGUGCGUUCGUUUUAUCAUUGCCCUAUUGUUUGCCAAAGUCAAUGUUGUUGUUCCUUAAAAAGGGGAAGGGGAAGGGGUGCGGCUUUGAGCGAAGUCGACGACUCGGGAAAGUGACAACGUCGGAGUGCAUAGCUUAAAGAGCCAUUAUAUUCGUACCACCAUUUUGCGAUUGUCGAAACGAUGCAGUAUUUCUUAAUAAACGAUUCAUGGAUUUGUA